AUGGCUGAGGCUCUUCCCGAGUCACUCAAGAUCCCCGAGGUCAGCCGCUUCAUCAAGCGCGCUGGUCAGCUGCGUUCCGUCAAGCCAGCCGUCGCAUACUGGUGCGAGUACCGCGCCGUCAAUCAGAUCGUUGGGAAAGGGUUACACUCUGGUGAAGAAGACGCUUUUGCAUUCACGACGAACCUGAUCGAUCAACUCGAGGCGACAAAGGCCGAGCACGCUGCGGAGGAUGCGAUUACCGACAAUGAGGUCGCCAAGGUCUACAUUGAGCAAUUCGCACAACAGACGUUUGACCGUGCAGAGCGCACCCUCCGCGCCGACAAGGUCACUCGACAGACAGCCGACACGUUCGACGCGGCGGCUACCUUCUUCGACCUCCUACGCGAAUGGGGCGAGCUUGAGCCCGAGGUCUUGCAAAAGAUCAAGUUCGCCAAGUGGAAUGCCGCGCGGAUCCUCAAAGCGCUGCGAGAAGGACGUGACCCUAACGAGUCGAACCCGAAGCAACCUGAACAGGCAGAAGGAGGGGAGGAGGAGGGUACAACCGGUCUUGAUCCCAACGACCUGGACGUGGAAGAACUCGCCUCCCUAGGCACCGUGCCUCAACCGGCCACUGUACAAGAUGCGCCCGACGCCGGCGAAUCUCUAGGAAGCGCUGGUCCUCCGCCGCAUCCUCCAGCCCCUGAAGACUACUUUCCCACAGGACCACACCCGCCGCAGCCUUCGACACCAGGCUCCGUGGUCCCGCCCUCGGUUCCGGCAUCCAUGCCCAGUGUCGCGCCCGAAGGCCCUGUCUCGGCUGCAUCCUCGAUCCCGCCAGGUCCCUCACCACACCUCCCGACCAAGCUGUCUUCGCAGUUUGCGCCUCCGCCGGGCCCAGCGUUUCCAGGCUCUUCUGCCAGCAGCCUUCCGCCCUCAGUUCCGCAGCAGCAGCUCAGUACCCCGUCGCUUCCACAACCUGUCCCCGUACCGGCACCAGCGCCAGCGCCAAGUGCACCGCCACCCGCCGCCCAUUACAAGGACCUCAACCAGGCGCAAAAGCAUGCCAAGUGGGCCAUAUCAGCACUGAACUUUGAAGACGUGCCUACUGCGGUGCAGGAGCUCAGAAAUGCCCUGGCGGCGCUGGGGGCACAGUGA